AGUGUUACAGAAUCUGUCUGCCUAGAGCCCUGUACGGGAAUAUGCACUGAUGUGUGAUCUUUUGAACCAGGAUUUCUGCUUGUGUGUUUUUAAUGGAUGUUUCAGUCCCAUCCCUUGAGUUGUUUCUCCAAUUGGCCACACAUGGAGCUAUAGGCUGACGUCAGUGGGUCUUUUGCUAUUUCUGUGGAAGCCGGAUCCACCGUGGGGGAGAAGUAAGGGUUUUUCUCUUUGGGUUGUAGUCCGGCAGUGUGAACACCCAACGGCGCCUGGCUUCCCACUACAGCUCCUCGCAGUCAAUCCGCUUCAGCGUAGUGUCAAGCUCGAGGUGUUUGGGAAACAGAAGCCCAAGGUUGCAGCUGUGAAGAUACGAGAAGAAAAUUACUAGGAUAUUGGUGUUUUGCAUUUUGUGCCCGAAUUUCUCUGACUGUGGCAGACGUGCUAUAAAUUCGUAUUGAACUGGGUUUCUGAUUUUCACCAGUGCUGUUUAAAGGUGUGGACUGGUUCAGAAUUUGAGCACACACCCUGUAAACCUGACUUGUUGGCUCCAUUCUAUAGGUGGAUCAAUGGGAAAGGAGGGAGUCCUCUUCACCAUUAGAAAUCAGAAGUCACAUUCAUACCUAUGUUGUGAAUUGUUCAUUUAGAAAAACCAUACGGAAAUAAAACCGAACUUCUAUAAAGGGCAGCUAGUGCACAGCACCACCUCUGUGCCCAGACUGAACAUUUUCAAGUUCAAGAUGGGGAAGCAAAACAGCAAACUACGGCCUGAGGUGAUGCAGGAUUUGCUGGACAGCACAGACUUCACGGAGCAUGAAAUCCAAGAGUGGUACAAGGGCUUCCUCAGGGAUUGCCCCAGUGGGAAUUUAUCAAUGGAAGAAUUCAAGAAAAUUUAUGGGAACUUCUUUCCCUAUGGGGAUGCUUCCAAAUUUGCUGAGCACGUUUUUCGCACUUUUGAUGCCAAUGGAGAUGGGACAAUAGAUUUCCGAGAAUUUAUCAUUGCACUAAGUGUUACAUCGAGAGGCAAACUCGAGCAGAAACUAAAGUGGGCAUUCAGCAUGUAUGAUCUCGAUGGAAAUGGAUACAUCAGCAAGUCAGAAAUGUUAGAGAUUGUUCAGGCAAUCUAUAAAAUGGUUUCUUCUGUGAUGAAGAUGCCAGAAGAUGAGUCAACACCUGAGAAAAGGACAGAAAAAAUCUUCAGACAGAUGGAUACCAACCGAGAUGGAAAGCUAUCUCUUGAAGAGUUCAUCCGAGGUGCCAAAAGCGACCCUUCCAUCGUCCGCCUCCUUCAAUGCGAUCCCAGCACUGCCGGGCAAUUCUGAUUCCUAAAUGAAGAAUUUGACAUUAAGUGUGACUGUGUUUCUGCUCCUGCAAUUACAUCACCAGUGGCAUGGCCACUUGUUCAUGGCUGAACCUGUCAUCUUUUAGCCCUGUUUGCUUUUUAAUUUUGAAUUUGUAAAUGGCUGUUUAAUUAAACACUGUGUCUGGAAUUCUUACAGAAA